AUGUUGCUCAUAGCAAAGGCUAUCAGCAUGCAGCACGCCAUGAUUGCGGGCCAGUCUCCUUCCUCUUCAGGCUUGGCCCGGAACCGUACUUUUGGACGCAUCUCUGCCACCGUUGUCGCUUUGGCUGACCCAAGCCGCAUCCGUCGGGCACUAAGACACACGAGCGACACAAUCAACAGACAUCGACAUACCUCUGUUAUGGACCCAUCUCUGUGCGGCUUCGCGGCCGAUACGCUUUUCGGCCCAGCUGUCGCGUCUUGCCGUCGAGAGUUCGAUUUUACAGUUCUCUUCGAAGAGGCCGUGCUCACAAUCAUCCCUGCUGGCACGUUUGCUCUGUUGGCCAGCGCCAUUGUCGUCAUUGCAUAUCGACACAAGUCGCCUGCCUUGGUGCGCAGUGGACGUCUCUACCCGCUGAAGCUUUGUUCCAUUGCGGCAUUGACAGCAGCCCAAGUCGCUGUCCUUGUUUUCCAGGCGCGGGCACCCAACAAGACAACUACAUCGAUUCCCAGUGCUGUUGUCUCGCUCGUUGUGACAAGCAUCUUUCUGCCACUGGUCUCGCAUAUCGAGCACUUUACAUCGCGCCGGCCUUCAGCGCUCUUGUCGAUUUUCCUCGUCUUGACAUCCCUCUUUGAUUCCACAAGGACGCGCACGUCCUGGCUCGUCGCCAGAGCAAGCGGCUCUACCAACGGCGCAGAGAUUGGGCUGGCCAUCGCACUGACCGUCACCGUUGCAAUUCGAGUUGUGCUUCUCUACCUGGAGACAAAAGGCAAGAAAGAGCUUCUUAUUUUGCUCCGCGAAAAUGAACAGGUCCCCGCCGAAAUCCUGGCCGGGCCUAUCAGCCGCACUGUUUUCCACUGGCUGAACAGCCUGCUGUUGGUCGGUUACCGUAACGCCCUCCAGGCGACUGAUUUUGGUCCUAUUGACGAUCGCUUGCUCUCCGUGCGCCUCCGUCCCAAAUUCCAGCGCGUUCGCGACCAGUAUGUAAACAAGGAGAACAAGAGCGCGGCCAGCGUAUCAACAAAUCGUCUUAUUGUUCUCACAUUUUCGUCGCUCGGCAAUCUCCUGGCCGGCCCUAUCAUCGCCAGACUCGCUGUUACAGCCUUUUCUUUUACACAGCCAUUCCUCGCAAAGGCGGCUUUGACCUACCUGCAGUCAGAGACAGACCCAAACCAGCCCGCCUCGCGCAAUUAUGGAUAUGGACUCAUCGGCGCUACCGCUCUUACAUACGUUGGUAUUGCGGCGGCCACCAGCUGGUACUGGCACCAGGCCUACCGGUGUUCCAUAAUGAUUCGUGGCGGACUCACAGGUGUUGUUUUCGACAAGUUGAUGAAGCUGCCCGAGGGUGAUGACAUAGAGUCCAAGGCUACGACGCUUGUGGUCAACGACGUGGAACGGAUCAUGCGCGCCUGUGCCCGCGGCCACGAGGUGUGGGCUGGCACAAUCGAAACUGGCCUAGCGACGUGGCUGCUCUAUCGGCAGCUUGGACCGUCGUGCCUCGUCAUGCUUGGAGUUGCUGCAAUCGCCGGUUUGGCUUCUACACAGAGUGUGAAGCAGAUGGGUGCGCGGCAGCAGCAGUGGCUUGCCGCCACACAGAAUCGCCUGAAGAGCACAAAGCACAUGCUGGACAGCCUCAAGGGUAUUAAAAUGACCUCUCAAGACGAUGUGGCAUAUGACAUGCUGAACAAGUUACGGGCGGCGGAAAUAAAGGACUCGGCUCCUUUUCGCUGGAUCAUUAUUAUAUCCUGCUUCUUGUCAUACUGCACUAUGAUCCUGUCCCCGCCUCUUAUUCUGGGCGUUUACGUCGGUGUUGGGACGUCUGGCGGCGGGCACCAAGACUUUAGCAUAUCCACCAUUUUCACAUCCUUGGUCAUUAUUGCCCUUUUGUCUUCGCCCUUGGUCCAACUUUUCCAGGUACUGCCCAGUCUCGGUGCUGCCCAUGGCUGCUUUGGCCGGCUGAAUACCUUCCUUCAGCUGAAAGAAAAAACCGAUUUCAGAGAUUUCAGAAAUGGACACAACGGCCCCUUUGCUGAAAAGACAGCUAUCAGCAGCGCCGACGCACCGAUUGUCUCACUACAGGAUGUGUCACUCGCAUGGAAUGAGUCCGACACUCCUGUUCUCACAAACAUUAAUCUUGAAGUCCAGAAAGGAUCAAAGACUGCGAUUGUUGGGCCCGUUGGCAGUGGGAAGACGCUUCUUUUGAAGGGCAUAAUUGGCGAGGUGUACAAAACCCACGGAGUACUUUCGCUGUCUCCGACUACAUCCCUUGCCUACUGCAGUCAAAAGCCAUGGCUCGAAAACAUGUCUGCCAAGCGAAACCUGACGCAGUACGGCAGUGAGACGUUCAACUCUGAUUUCUACCGUGAGAUUGCUUCGAACUGCAUGCUCGACGACAUCAUCCAGCUGCCCACCUUUACGUCGGGAGCCAUUGGCACCGGCGGGGUUAUGCUAAGUGGUGGCCAGCGUCAGAGACUCGCUCUCGCCCGCGCUCUGUCAACAAAAAGUAGUCUGUUAAUCAUCGACGAUGGCUUUAGCGCCUUGGACAGAAAGACGCGACGACAUGUUUCCGAGAUGCUUCUUAGCCAUGCGAACUCUGACAGAACCAUAAUCUACAGCACGCAUGAUGAAAACAUUGCUCGCUUGGCCGACGAAGCGUAUCGAAUCGACGAAUCCGGGCACCUGUCCAAGAUCUCCUUGGAUAUUGUCGCUGAUGAAGGCCAUGGCAGCGAGGAUGAGCCGUCUGCAUCACUGGAUAUUGUGGAAACUGGACAGCCCGAGCUCGCCAGCAACGCUACCAACGCGGCGCCAAAACCACGAUUCUCAGAAAACGAGGAAGACACAUCCGAGGAAGAAGAGCCGCCGCGAGUGGCCAUGGCACACAAGCUCCUUGGAGACUUGGCCGUGUUCAAAGUUUACUUCAAGUCCGUGGGGUGGGUACACUCGACGGUUUUCUUGUUUGGUGCUAUCUCCUGGGCCAUCAGCUUCAAGUUCUCCGACGUAUGGAUCCAGUGGUGGACCGACGCUGUGGACUCAGGUGACAGCAGCAAACCUCUUGGAUACUGGCUGGGCGUCUACGCUGGACUCGGUGUUUUGGCUCUCUUUGUUCUCACCGCUUGGCUUUAUCACCAGCAGUUCAAUAUUGUCUCCCGUUCUGGCGAAAACCUCCACGGACAACUUGCUACGACCGUUUUUAAAGCGCAGUUCCCAGUCAUCAGCCAGAUCGACACAGGCACCACUCUCAACCGGUUUAGUCAGGAUCUGAUGCUGGUUGAUAUGCAGCUACCCUUGGAUCUCUUCAAUACGGCGUCCGAGUUUUUCACGGCUCUCAUUCAGGUGGCACUGAUUGCUUCUGCAUCUUCGUGGCCUGCCCUCGGUGUCGUGCCUGCCAUGCUGAUCCUUCUCUAUGCUGUACAGCACUUUUAUCUGCGCACGUCGAAACAGCUUCGUCUUCAUGAGUUGGAAGCCAAGGCUGCCCUCGUUACCAAGAUAUCUGAGACAGGCGCAGGUGAUGGGCUCUCAACCAUCCGCGCACAUGGCCCAGUCUGGGUGGACAAGACAAGAAACAGGUUUGACGACAAGAUGGACCGCUCCCAAGAACCACUGUAUUUAUUGUAUGCAGUGCAGCGGUGGCUGCAACUGGUGCUGAACUUGAGCGUUGCUGGGCUCGUGGUGGUUGUCUUGGGCACGUCAGUCGCUUUGAAGAGUUCCUCGAAAUCCAGGAUCAGCCCUGGCGCCGUUGGUGUUGCCUUCCUCAACGCCGUCACCUUUGGCGAGACAAUCACACAGUUUGUGACGGCCUGGACAGGCCUCGAAACGUCGCUUGGUGCUAUUGCACGCAUCAGUCUUUUCCAACGCCAAACUGCCAUUGAAGAAGACGUCGCCGCAGGGGGUAGUCAGCAGCCCCCAGCAAUCCAGGAUCCCGGUGUUGGCACCAUUCGAUUUGAGAAUGUGUGGGCAACAUACGAUGACAUUAUUACCGACGACGUGGACCCAGUUACUGCCCAGGACGAAAACGGUCGCCCCCGGCAGGGCCAGCACUGGAGCCUUCGGGGCGUCACGCUUGAUAUCCGCGCCGGCGAACGCGUCGCAAUCUGCGGCAAGACUGGCUCAGGCAAGUCAACGAUGCAUCUCGCGUUGCUACGCAUGGUCAACAUCCCGGUUGGGUCUGUCUUUAUCAACGGUUUUAGACACACCAACAUGUCCUUAGAGAAGCUCCGCAAAAGCUUUUACAUUAUUUCCCAGGACACUCCACACCUUGGCUUUGAUACGCUGCGUCAGUGGAUCGAUCCCCAUGCGGCCUUCUCUGACGAACAUAUUGUCCAGGUCCUCCGCGAAUGCGGCGUUCUGGAUAUGGUGAUGAACACACCUGGCGGGCUGACAGCCAGCAAGGGAAACUUCAAGUUCUCGGUAGGCGAAGAGCAACUGCUAAGCGUUGCCCGAGUCAUUCUCGAUGUUGAGAGACGCGAGGGCGCCCAAGGCGGGAACAGGGGUGGCAUCGUGCUGCUGGACGAGGCGACAAGCAGUGUGGACAAGGAUACAGAGGAAAAGAUGGAGAACCUCAUCAAGACACGGCUUGUUGGCAAGACUUUGAUUGCUAUCAACCAUCGACUCGAGGCUGUGAUGGAUUAUGACCGCGCCUUGGUGCUAGACAACGGAAUGGUGGUUGAUUUUGGCACACCAGCGGAACUCGUGCAACGCUGUGAACUGUUUGCCGGGCUAAAAGCUCGGAGUGGUUGA